AUGGCAUCUUCUUUCCAAUCUCCGUUCCCUCUCCCAGGUGUCCAACACGGCCAGCGCAUCCUUACAUCCGUAAUCGAGGCCAGAGCCAAAGCAGACAACACCCCACCAUGGGUCUCCGUACCGAUCAAUGACCAGGACCUGUCACAGGGAUUUCGCGAUAUCAGCUUCAAGGAGCUGAACAACGCGGCCAACCAUGCAGCACACUGGUUGAAGCAGAACCUGCCUCCGACGUCUGAGCCGUUCCAAUGUUUCGCCUAUGCUGGACCUAAGGAUCUUCGAUACCAGAUUCUGGCAGUGGCAGCGGCGAAGGUGCAGAGAGUGAUGGUCCUUCCCUCGCCACUAGUCACUCCCGAGGCCCAGCUGCAUAUUCUCGAGAAGAAAGGGUGCACAGUCUACUUGAGACCGUCGUCAAUGGAAGCGCCUGUUGCAGAGAUUCUAAAAGCAGCUCCACAUGUCCAGACCGUUACAGUGCCAGAUAUUGAAGCCUUCAUGCAAGAGGCCGAAGCAGAGCCAGUCAACUACAGCAAGACCUACGAGGAAGGCAGAGCAGAUCCAUGGCUAGUGUUCCACACUUCAGGCACAACAGGAAACCCCAAACCAGUAACCUACACCCACGAAAUGAUGGCCGGAGCAGACAUCGUCGCCUCACUUUCUGACAUCGGCGAGACCCAAAUCCACCACUACGCCCAGCGCCGCUGCUACACCCCACUACCAUCACUCCACUUCGUAGGCAUGGCCCUCUCCCUCUCCAUGACAACCUUCAUCCACAUGACCGCCGUAAUCGGACCUCCCAGCCCACCCACCCCCUCAACCAUUAUCUCUCUCCUCCACCACGGCAACGUCACCACAGCAAUGUUCCCUCCCUCCCUAAUCGACGCCCUAACCCUCACACCGGAGGGCCUCUCCGCCCUCCGCUCCCUCCAACACAUCCACUACGCGGGCGCCCCUCUAUCCCCCAAAACCGCCUCCCUCCUGCUGCCCCACGUCCCCAUAUUUCCCGCAGUCGGCAGCACCGAAGCAGGCGGCUACUUCACCGAACUGCACCCCCACCGGACAGACGCAUGGGACUACCUAACCUUCAACAAGCACACAGGCGUAGCAUUCGAACCACGCGGCGAUGGCCAACUCCACGAACUAGUCUUCAUCCGCGACCCCUCCUGCGCCCUCCAACCCAUCUUCAAACUCUACCCGGACCUCUCACGCUUCGAAACCAAGGACCUCUGGCAAGAACAUCCCGUCCACAAGGGAUUAUGGAAGAUUAUCGGGAGGGUAGAUGACUACGUGUACUUAUCGCACGGGGACGGGAUCAAUGCUGCGCUGUUGGAGCCGGAGAUUGUGGCACAUCCGGGGGUCAAGAAUGCCCUAAUUGGGGGACAUGGGCGGGCGAAGCCGGUGUUGCUGGUGGAGGCUGUUGAGGAUGUGGAGGAUGAGGGGAAGAGGAGGGAGUUUGUGGAGUCGUUGAGACCAUAUCUUGAUAGGGUUAAUGAACGGUGUCAUGAGUGUGUGCGGUUGGGGCUGGAGAGGGUGGUUGUUGCGAGGAGGGAGAAGCCGUUUGUGAUGACGGGGAAGGGGAGUGUGGCGAGGUGGAGGACGUUGGAGAUGUAUGAGGGGGAGAUUGGGGAGGUUUGUGGGUAA